AUGAUGCCGCUCGCGCCGACGCCAAUUGUACCGGUGCCGUCGAAGCCGAAGAUCGGCUUCAGCAUCGACUCGAUCGUCGGCGGCGGUGGUCAGGGUCGCGAGGAUCGUUUGGAUCGAUUGGAACGCGUGGAGAUCGAGAGGGACGAUGGUAGCCCGAUGGACGUCGAGGGUUCCUCGUCGCCGCGUAGUAGACGCGUGACAACAAGAUCGCCCGGUGCACACUCGGAGGGAUCGGAUCGUCCUGUGUCACGAAGUUCCUCCGUCGAAUCCUAUCCUAACUCGCGUAGAACACCCUCUCAUCCUGGUAGCCAUCAUCAUCAUCACGGGAACCACCAUGGUCAUCAUCAUCAUCUGUCCGCCACGACACACCUGGAUUUUAGCCGAACCACCGUCCAUAGCCACAGCGGAGGAUCGACGCCUAAUAACAGCCCUAGCCCGCCUCACAGGAUAUCUCACGGUGAUUCUCCCGUCGGUGCACAUCCUCAACCGCCUCCAGGAGUCGUCAGACCGAGUCCGAAUUACCUUGCACCGCCGCCCGGCGCGGCAACCGCAGCGGCUGUCGCCGCGGAACAGUUGAAAUCUUUGUACGGUUUGCCUGGACACGGUCCAACUGGACCGCAGACAGGACAGAACGAGUAUCACACGCAGCAGUUAGCUUUGGCUGCGAAUUUAGCAGCGGCACAACACUUUCAAGCGGCGAACCUUGCCGUUGCCCUUCAAGCACACCACGGUGCGUCGCCCCAUGGACCUCCGCACGGGCCGUAUCCACAUGGCGGCGCACCAGGUGGACCUCAUCCACCGCCGCAUCCUCAUCAACCGCCUAGAGACAGCUAUCCGCUUUAUCCUUGGCUACUGUCCAGGCACGGUAGGAUCUUCCCUCACAGAUUUCCUGGAGGUCCCGACAUACCAGGCUUCCUUCUGCAGCCGUUCAGGAAGCCAAAGAGAAUAAGGACAGCGUUCAGCCCGAGUCAGUUGCUGAAGCUGGAGCACGCGUUCGAGAAAAAUCACUACGUGGUCGGGGCGGAGAGGAAGCAGCUAGCGCAGGCGCUCUCGUUGACGGAAACACAGGUGAAGGUCUGGUUCCAGAACCGACGGACGAAGCACAAGCGGAUGCAGCAAGAGGAGGAGGCGAAGGCGCAGCAGCAGUCAGGGGGCGGAGGUGGUGGCGGCGGCGGCGGUGGAGGCGGGAACGCGAACAACAAUUCCAACAACAAGAACACCCAUCACGUGAGCAAAUGGCAACAGGAGACCGGGGACUAUCACCACGAGGAGGAGGAGGAAGAGGAGCACAUCGAUCCCGAGGCCGAGGAGUGUUCUAGCGGCUCGGAGGCGUAG